AUGUCGACCUCGAGUUCCACCAAGAGACCAAGGUUGUCUCUUCAGACGAAGACAGCAACGGUUCCCAGUACGAGAACCAGGAACGCUCUAGCAAGAAGUGACCCCAAGUCACCAACUACCUUUAAUACUCUCUCAAAUGUCUAUGUCACGGCUAUCGAGAGGUCGACACCAGUCCAGUCGACGCCGGUCCAGUCUACGCCGUUGACAGCGAUUAAUCUCUUUCAGAGUCUCAAACUUCAGACCAACCCAGAAGCACUCAGGGGGCAGCAAAGAACCCAAACCCCUUACACUGCAACGUACCCCGAUACACCCCUCUCUGCCAAUCCAAAGUCACCCAUGCAAGUCGAGAUCAACUUCCCGAGCACUAUGACCGCUACUCCGCCCUUGUCAGCAGGGCCGACAGAGCAGAUUGGAGCAAAGGUUUUCUCUUUCGCCCCGAAAGAUACACUUAGCCAUGUGAUCCCUGCCUCACCGGCCCAGAGCCGACGGAGUAUUGGCGCGAGUCUCAGAGCACCAUAUUCGCAUCCUCGUUCUCUUCAUAGCAUUCUGAGGAACUCCCCACUGCCCCCUUCAAGUGCCAAGUCUCCAAUUUCCCCGAGACGACAGUCUCUGCGGUUGCAAGAGAAAGCAGCACGGCGUGUCGGAUACGAAAGCCCUUUGACCCAGACCAUUACGACCGAGAAGUACACCAGAUCACACAUCGACUUGCUCUCCGAAGAUGCGUCGCCCUACUCCGCAACGCCGACCGCCGAAGACUCGGACAUGGUACUCGACCUUACCAUGGCCUACUCCAGAGCGGAGACUCGUGACGGGGGACAGACCCCUGGGCCGUUUGAGGAAAUGAGGAGGAGAAUGGCUGGCUUGCAAUCGGAGACACCCAUUACUUCUCCCCGACCAGGGGGCAUAAGGAAGAAAAAGAGAGAAAAGAAGCGCAAGUGGGUAUGGACCAUCGGACAAGACGGAGAGGAGAGUGAAAGUGGUGCAUUGUUGGCACUGAAGGCCGCAGCAGAAGCAUCGACGCCGCGGACAUCUGUGCCGAUCAAAGCUGCUACACCGGAGCCUGUGACUGCUGUACAAACAAGUGUUGAACCAGUCGAUUCCGAGGUAGAGACCCAGGAUGUCGAGAUGUCGGACGUAAGCAGUAUUCCCUCAAGCAGCCGGGGCACAACACCAUUCAGUGUCGAGAUAGACCCGAAGACCCCUGUUAUGACUGCUGCCGCUGGUUCAGCACCUCAAACAGAUCGACUUGGGUCUGUGGAUUUGAUCAACCCCGAGACGGGAAGCCGCAGGGACACACCCAUUCCACCCGAUCUUGUUACAAGGUAG